AUGGACAAGCAGAGUGCGAUCGCGCUUGGUGUGACCGCCGGCCUGGGCGUCGGCUACUUGUUGGGCAAGGCGCAGCCUGCCGUUCUGCGCGCCAGCGCCAAGAAGGCGCCGGAGGAGCCGGCGAAGGACCUGGAUGAGGUGGAGCGUCUCAUCCGCCCCAACAUCCUGGCGCUCACGCCCUACCGCUGCGCCCGCGACGACUACGACCAAGGAAUCCUGCUGGAUGCCAAUGAGAACAGCUUGGGCCCGCCCCUGCAGGGCCACGAGACGCUCCAGGCCAUGGAGCUGGAGCGCUACCCGUGCCCGUACCAGCCUGAGCUGAAGAAAGUCAUUACGGACUACAGAAACAAGAACUCGACGGAGAAGAUCGGCCAGGCGAACACGUUCCUGGGCGUCGGUAGUGACGAGGCAAUCGACUUGAUCAUCCGAGUGGCCUGCACGCCUCGCGUGGACAACAUCCUGAUUACGCCGCCGACCUACGGCAUGUACAGCGUCUGCGCCAACAUCCACGACGUGGGCAUUGUCUCCGUGCCGCUCCAGAUCGAGGCGCCGGCCGAGAACCUCAAGGGACUGAAGCCGGACCUCCCGCUGCCGUCGUUCCACAUUGACCCCCAGGAGAUUCUGAACGCUGCUACAGCCACCACGAAGGUGAUCUUCCUGUGCAGCCCUGGCAACCCCACGGCCAACUUGCUGCGUCUUCAGGAUAUUGAGACCAUUUUGAACUCGAAGAAGUACAAGGGCUUUGUAGUGGUUGAUGAGGCCUACAUCGACUUCGCAGACACCCCGAGCCUGUGCACGCUUGUGAACAAGCACAAGAGGCUUAUUGUCCUGCAAACGCUCUCGAAGGGCUUCGGCCUUGCUGGCAUCCGUCUAGGUAUUGCGUUCGGUGACCCGAAGCUGAUCCAGGUCCUCAACAACGUGAAGGCGCCGUACAACAUAAGCAAGCUGACUUCCGACGUCGCUCGCAAGGCCUUCUCGAACCUGGGUGAGUUGCGCAAGAACGUGAACGUUAUCAAGGAGGAAAAGUACAGAGUGAUCAAGGAGUUGCAAAAGCUGUCCUUCGUGCGCCGCAUCUACGCGUCAGACUCGAACUUCGUGCUCUUCGAGAUUCCGCACGCGUUGACUGUAUACCGGCAAAUGGCAAGCCGCGGCGUGGUGAUUCGCUUCCGUGGCAACCAGCACCUGCUCACGGAUUGCCUCCGUGCAACGAUCGGCUCGCGCGAGGAAAACGACCGUAUGCUCGAGCUUCUUGUGGAAGUCUCGGGGGAGCAAUAG